AUGGGGGGUUCUUCACCAUGCGCGUCCUGCAAAUUGUUAAGGCGCCGCUGCGCAAAGGACUGCAUCUUUGCCCCUUACUUUCCUUCUGAUGACCCACAAAAGUUUGCUAUGGUUCACAAGGUCUUCGGCGCUAGCAACGUCAGUAAAAUGUUGCAGGAGAUUCCAGUUCACCAGAGAGCGGAUGCUGUGAGCAGUUUGGUUUAUGAAGCAAAUGCAAGAGUGAGAGACCCGGUUUAUGGGUGUGUUGGGGCAAUAUCUUACCUACAAAGCCAAGUAUCACAGUUGCAAAUGCAACUCGCAGUGGCUCAAACAGAAAUACUUUGCAUUCAGAUGCAGCAAGAGAAUAAUCCUUUACAAACGACGUCGUCGGCCUCCCAAAUGGACAUCCAAGAUGACAAAUCUCUUCUUCUAUCAUGUAAUAACUUGAAUCUCAUUCCUCAGUACCUUGGGUUUGCUUCUUCUAGCAAUGCAAUCCAAGAUCCUCUCAAGAGAGAGUCCCUCUGGACUUAA